CAGGAACCCCUAGAUAUAAUUGGUGAUUAUAACGUCCGUAUAUAAAUCAGUAUUUGUCAACUCUUUGGUAUUUGAAGAAAAAAUGCCUGGUGUCAUACCUAAUGAAAGUAAUGGGCUUUCAAGAGGUAGCCCAUCAAAGAAAAACAGACUUUCCUUUACGUUUUUUCAGAAAAAGGAAACUAAGAGAGCCUUGGAUUUCACAGAUUCUCAAGAAAAUGAAGAAAAGGUUUCUUCUGAUUAUAGAGGAUCUGAAAUUGAUCAAGUUGUUCCUGCGGCACAGUCCUCACCUAUGAAUUGUGAGAAGAGAGAAAACUUGUUACCAUUUGUGGGGCUGAAUAAUCUUGGCAAUACUUGUUAUCUUAAUAGUAUACUUCAGGUAUUAUAUUUUUGUCCUGGUUUUAAAUCUGGAGUGAAGCACUUAUUUAAUAUUAUUUCAAGGAAGAAAGAAGCUCUUAAAGAUGAAGCCAAUCAAAAAGAGAAGGGAAAUUGUAAAGAAGAUUCUUUGGCAGGUUAUGAACUAAUACGCAGUUUACAGUCCUUAAUCAUUUCAGUUGAACAGCUUCAGGCUAGUUUUCUUUUAAAUCCAGAAAAAUACACCGAUGAACUUGCUACUCAGCCAAGACGACUACUUAACACACUCAGGGAACUCAACCCUAUGUAUGAAGGAUAUCUACAGCAAGAUGCACAGGAAGUAUUACAGUGUAUUUUGGGAAACAUUCAAGAAACAUGCCAACUCCUAAAAAAAGAAGAAGUGAAAAAUGUGGCAGAAUUAUCUAACAAGGUAGAAGAAAAACCUAAUCAGAGAGAGGCAAUUAAUGGGGUUAAUAGCACAGAGAUGGACAAUAUGGGCCAUACUGAAGACUAUAAAGAAAAACUCCCAAAAGGAAAUGGGAAGAGAAAAAGUGACACUGAAUUUGGUAACAGGAAGAAAAAAGUUAAGGUGUCCAAGGAACACCAGUCAUUGGAUGAGAACCAGAGACAAACCAGAUCAAAAAGAAAAGCUACAGGUGAUUUACUAGAGAUUCCUCCUAAAAUAGUCACCAAGCACAUUCCUGAAAAUGAGCGUGCAAGACCCUCACAGAAGAAGUCAAAAGUUAAAACAAGUUGGUUAAAGUCUGCAACUAAGCAACCCAGCAUCCUUUCUAAAUUCUGUAGUCUGGGGAAAAUAAAGCAAGGAUCCAAAGGACAAUCUAAAGAAAAUGAAUAUGAUCUUGAAGAGGACUCUGGGAAGUGUGAAAAUGAUAACACAAUUAACGGCUGUGGACUUGAAUCUCCAGGAAAUAAUGUUAAGUCCAUUAAUGGUAAUGAAGUUAAGCCCAUCAACAAAGGCACAGAGCAAAUUGGUUUUGAGCUUGUAGAGAAGUUAUUUCAAGGUCAGCUGGUAUUAAGAACUCGUUGUUUAGAAUGUGAAAGUUUAACAGAAAGAAGAGAAGAUUUUCGAGACAUCAGUGUGCCAGUACAAGAAGAUAAGCUCUCUAAAGCAGAGGAGAGUUCUGAAAUUUCUCCAGAGCCAAAAACAGAAAUGAAGACCCUGAGGUGGGCAAUUUCACAAUUUGCUUCAGUGGAGAGGAUUGUGGGAGAAGAUAAAUAUUUCUGUGAAAAUUGCCGUCAUUAUACUGAAGCUGAACGAAGUCUUUUGUUUGACAAAAUGCCUGAAGUGUUAACCAUUCAUUUGAAGUGUUUUGCUGCUAGUGGCUUGGAGUUUGAUUGUUACGAUGGUGGACUUUCCAAGAUCAACACUCCUUUACUGACACCUCUCAAACUGUCACUAGAAGAAUGGAGCACAAAGCCAACCAAUGACAGCUAUGGAUUAUUUGCAGUUGUGAUGCACAGUGGCACUACCAUUAGUAGUGGACACUACACUGCUUCUGUUAAAGUCACAGACCUUAACAGUUUAGAACUAGAUAAGGGAAAUUUUGUGCUCGACCAGUUGUGUGAAAUGAGUAAGCCAGAACCACUGAAUGAGGAGGAAGCAAGGGGUAUUGCUGAAAAGCACGAUGAUGAAGUGCCAAUUAGAGUCAAUGGAAACACACAGCCAAGUAAAGUUUUGAACAAAAAUAAUGUAGAAGCUAUUGGACUUCUUGGAGGACAAAAGAGCAAAGCAGAUUAUGAGCCAUACAACAAAGUCGCCAAUCCUGACAAAGGUGCCAGUACAGCAUUUGCUGAAAAUAGAAAUUCUGAGACUAACAUUACUUAUGGGACCCAUGAAUCUGAUAGGAACAAGGAAUCCAGUGACCAAACAGGCAUUGACAUUGGUGGAUUCGAGGACAAAAUUUCAUAUGUAGUACAAAUCUUAAAGGAGUAUGAGGGGAAGUGGUUGCUUUUUAAUGAUUCCAAAGUAAAAGUUACUGAAGAGAAGGACUUUUUGAAUUCUCUUUCCCCUUCUACAUCUCCUACAUCUACUCCUUAUUUGCUAUUUUAUAAGAAAUUAUAGAGUGUACAUUUUCCUUAUAUAUAUAUACAGACCCAGACAAACAUUGAUAACGUUGAUUACAUCAAAAAGAAUAGCUUAUCUUUGGAAGGUAUUGGAUACUAUUGGUCUCUAGAUUUUUGUAUAGUGAAAUUUGAAUUACUGAAAACCAUGUUAAUUUUUAGAAUUCAUUUUCCUUAGUAGAGACUAGUGAUGUAUUAGCUCUGGGGAAAAACUUGUAUAGGUUCUUAAU